UGUCAUGUUCAGUUGCAAUGAAUCAAGGGUGCAACAGAAGGGAGGUAAUUCUUAAUAAAAGACCCUUGAAGCCAACUGAUCUUAGAGAUUUCGAAGUGAAGCGAGUUAACGACUUUAUCUCAACUUUAAGAUGAUGUCAAUUUUCUCUGUUGUGUUGAUCAUGGCAGUGGUGACUUUUCAAGCUGGACAGUGUAUUUCGCCUGGAGGAUCUGUGUAUACUCGCUGGGGCCGCAAGAAUUGUCCAAAGACAGCAAUUUUGGUCUAUUCAGGUUAUGUGGGAGGAUCUCAUUAUGUGCACCGAGGAGGGGCAGUUGAACCGCUCUGUUUACCGAAAGACCCUCAGUGGGGUCGCAACAACAGGAGAAUGGACAACUCAAGAGGAUUCGUCUAUGGAGCCGAAUACGAGGUUAAAAGGGAUAUAGUAAAUUCUGAUGUCCACAACCAAGACGUGCCCUGUGCUGUGUGUAUGACUGAAAACGAGAAGUCCGUCAUAGUUAUUCCAGCGAGGAAAACCUGUUAUGACGGAUGGCGAAGAGAGUACUGGGGGUACCUGAUGACUGGAUAUUACAAUCACCCCGCGGCCUCCACCUACACCUGUGUGGACGCUCAUCCCCAGGCUCUUCAUGGAGGGAGAGGGAACCAUGACGGUUAUCUGUUUUAUCCAGUGGAAGCUAGGUGUGGCAGCUUGAAAUGUCCACCAUACAAGAACGGAUGGGAGUUUACUUGUGUCGUUUGUUCUGAGCACUGAGACAAAAGCUAUCGAUUAUUGAAAAUGAAAACAAUGCACAAUAUCAAAAUGAGUGUAUGUAAAAUCUCUGCCUUUUGAAAGAAAUUAAAGCAUUUUGAAUUAUAUCAAAACA